CACCUUCCACCAGUUGCUGUGCCGCCUUGACAUUCUCUUUGGCAAAGAAAUGUUCUUCUUCUCAGGGGAUCUGUGGAUUCGCUGUGACUGUCGAUAUUGUGGAUUCUCACUACUCCAUAUGAAAUUAAUAAACAAGAUAUCAGUAGCAGUAUAAAGUUUACAUCUCAAGGAAACAAAAGUUUGAUCACUAGAACCUGAAACAAAAUGUUUUCAACUCAACAAAGAAAUGAACGAGCAUCAAAAUUCAUCCACCAUUUCUUUUGGGAAAUGAAGCAUUUUACUUGUUAAAAUAGGCUCUGAAAGACUCAGUGUUUAUAACCUCAGAAACAUUAACAAACUAGUCUGUAAGGUAAGGUUGGAAAGCCUGUAAUGACAGAAAGAAGUCAAAAAAAGAUUUUUAAUUUAAAAUAAUCAAAAUUAAAAUAUAUGUCUAAGUGCCCUUAGGAGGGUAGUAGUGUAUUGGUCCAAACGGAAUGAAAAGGACCAAAAACAGAAAUAGCAUUCCAAAAUUAUAUCCAUAUGUCUUCCUUACACUGGAUGCACUCUUUGUGUUAGAAACAGUUAAGUGGAGGAGUGAAGAGGAACAAAGUUUUGUUCAUAGUGCAUAAAAUCAAAAUAGAAUCUUUUAAAAUUAAAUGUGGUUAAAAAGAUAUGGACUAGUCAUUUCUAGUUAAGUGACAUUGUAUUAGUCACUGUUAUGUGUUGACUUCAACCUUUAUUUUAUACUUUAAAUCAUUUAUACUUCUGUUUUUUUUUAUUAAAAAUUUGAAGAAGUGAGAAGAAAGGAAAUAGUAUUUCAUAUGCAUGUGAAAACUUCCAGUUCGGCGACAAUAAAAUCGAGUUUGAGCAAAGUGUACAUAGAUUCAGUUUCUAAGGUUAGAGUGCAUAAGUCAGCCUUAGUCAUGAAAAAGUUCAAAUGAAGUGUGAGUGAAUGAAAUAUAUAUAUAUACACACAUGAUUUCUGAGAAAUGGGAGAAGACAAUCUUUUAAACAGCCUAAGUCAUCACAAAAAUAAAACAAUUUGAAUGAAAUAUAAACAUUUAUUGUUUCUGAGAUCUGAGGGGAAGACAAUUGCCAAGUCUACAUUAAUCAUCACAAAGUUAAAAUGGAAUGUGAGUGAAAUACAUAUACAUAUGUGACUUCUAAAUCUUGAAUUGCUUCCUGAGUUUUGAGAGCGUAAUACCAUCUGGUAAGGAACAUCUGUAGCAGGACAGGUUUUGGAUAUGAAGAAGAGAUUGGUUAAGAACAAUGAUGAUGAAAGUGACCAGGAGAAUCAUUUGUCCACCAAACAGAGUGAAACAGAAAGCAUAGCAUGCAUUACAGGAGAACAUGGCAGCACUGCUCAACAAAGAAACAUCUAUCAAAAACCCGCUGAAGAACUGAAAAUUGAUGUUGAAAGACUUUCCAUUGAACCAACGACUCCAUCUCAGAAGUCUCCAGUAACUGUUCAGGAGUGGAUAAACUCAUUACACUCUGGUAGUGAAGAGGAAAACAGAUGUGAAAGUGAAGCUCAAGAUGUGGAAGAAGAGUUACCAGUUUUACCUCCAAUUGAAGCUGCCAAAAAGAACACUUCAGCUAAUCCUAAUUUCUUCAGAGAACAUCUCCCUGAAGGGCUAUGUGAUGAUAACCUUUAUUUGGGUGCUGAAGCCCGGAAUUUGGAUGGCAUUCUUCAAGAUGCAGCAUUCAAUAGGUUUGCAAACUCUGUCUUACCUCAGUCUCGUCGAGUGACCUUGGGAGAUACACAUAAUAAACAGAGUAGUUUCAAUUCUGACUUUUCCAGUUUUUCUGGUGUUUCCAGCUUUUCAAGUGUGGAAUCUUUGCUUGAAGCCCGUAAGGAAGACCCCGAAGAGCUUCUUUUAGCUCUUGGGUUUGGAGGGCAAACAGGAAAAGACUCUGUCUCUCGGAUUCCAAAGCGCUUUUUUAUGGAACCUUCUCAUGCACGAGGAGUAAAAGUUUACAAUUUUCUUCAGCAACAUGAAAAUGUACUGAAAAAACAAGAUAUUGGAUCCUGGGGAUUUCUAGGACCCUCAGUAUCUAGCUAUUCUCAACUUUCAAGACGUUUGUCCAAUAUUGCCACAGCUAAUACAGUGCUAGGAAGGUUAGGAAACAGUGACAGACAUAGAAAAAUUUCAUCUCAGAGUGCUAUGUGCUGGAGUGAUGUCAAACAAACCUUACGAGCAGCCACAGCAUUUCGUGAAGGAAAACUUCGGCACAGUUCUGACAGCAUUUUAGAUCCUGCAAACCGAGAAUUUUUACAGAAACAAGGAAUAGAUGAACCACUCGACAAACCUAAGAAGGUAGUUAUCGGGUUGCACACUUACUGCUUCAGUCAUGAAGGAGAUCUGAUCCAAGGAGCAUUUGGUACAACAGAUGCUGAGACUCCUUUCUCCACUAGCAGUAUGAAGUGGAAGGAGAAACAGAUGUCAGCACUAGAUGAGGUAGACGAGGAAAAUAUUCGUAGUUUACCAGAGAAAGACAAGAAAAGUCUAAAUGAAACCUUGGAAGCCAGUACAGCAACAUCUCAGGAAAGUCCAGAUGAUUCCCUUGUAGUAUCUGGAAACAAUGACAAGAAGUUAUGUGCAACAAAAGCUUCCUCUUUUCCUGCUCCUGUAAGCAGACGUCGUCUCCUUUCCCGACAGUCAAAUAUAGAAGAGGAUGAAAAUAGUGAAGACAGUAAAAUUGCAGAUAGAAUCCAGUUAGAGAAAACACAUAGCAAUCCGGAUGUGGAAAAGAAAGCCGUUCUCUUGACAUCUGCAGAGAAUGUAAGUUGGAAUGAACAGUCAAACAAACCCUUAGAAGUUCAGGAAUCAGAUCUUAGUGCUAAUAGUGUAAGAAGACCUGAAAGAUUGAAAGUACAUAAUAUACAGCACAAAGAAUCAUUUGAACUCGAAGAGCUGUCCACAACAGAAGGUGAGAAUUCUUAUGUCGUCGAAUGUAGUCGGCAGCACUUAAACGUUGAUGGCCUGUCUGGAGGUAGCUGCCUUUCAGACAGUAGUGGUUUUGCUGAAGAUGUUCCCACUUAUGGAGGUGCACGAGGAAAUACUGACAUAUCUCUUGAAGAGGGUUUUGGAAAAAGUCAGAAAGAAGAAUCUGAAGAGAUGGAGGAUGAAAGUAAGAAGUGUUGCUCACUGCAUUUAACUGAACAGGUGAAGAACCAAAGUGGUCUAAACUUGGAUCAAGCAACACCACAUGCAAGUUCUGUUCCUAAAAACCCAGACCUUGGAAUUGGUCUACAACUUAACCAAGAGUUUAGGGUGCCUUGUCAGCAAUUUUGUGCAGAUGUCACAACUCAGGUCACAUAUUCUCAAUCCAGUCCAGUUGUUUCCGUGAAAUGUGUUCCUUCUUUGGUACCAAAAAGCCAUCCUGAUACUACAGUUAAUGUUGAUGUUUCAGUGGAACAUUCUACUAGCAGCAACACUGAAUCUGAAAAGCUGCAGAUGGAGAAUUUGAUGCCUGUCAAACUUUUGUACCCCUACUUAACUUCUAGUUCAUCCUACAGCAGCAGAGACUUCAAGUUUGGUGCUAUCAAGUUGAAUGAUGUAAGUGAUGUUGCUUGCCAGACCAGUGAAUUGGGAGUUUUUGUGACUUCAGAGAAUGUGGGAUCUUCUAGUUCAUCCUACAGUAACAAAGGCUGUCAGUUCGGUGCUGUCAAGUUGAAUGAUGUAAGUGAUGUUGCUUGCCAGACCGGUGAAAUGGGAGUUUUUGUGACUUCAGAGAAUGUGGGAUCUUCUAGUUCAUCCUACAGCAGCAAAGGCUGUCAGUUCGGUGCUAUCAAGUUGAAUGAUGUAAGUGAUGUUGCUUGCCAGACCAGUGAAUUGGGAGUUUUUGUGACUUCAGAGAAUGCGGGAUCUUCUAGUUCAUCCUACAGCAGCAAAGGCUGCCAGUUCGGUGCUAUCCAGUUGAAUGAUGUAAGUGAUGUUGCUUGUCAGACCAGUGAAUCAGGAGUUUUUGAAACUUCACAGAAUGUAGGAACUGUAAAUCAGUUAUCUCAAGAACCCUCAAAUAGAGAACUGAGAAAUGUUCAACAAGAGAUUCUGCACACUUUAUCUAUGAAACAAACCCUGCUUGAACUACAGAAUCUACGACUUGCCUUAAAGCAUUAUAAGUUUGCAGAACAACAACAAUUAGCCAGCAGAACACGUACAUUUCAAAGAUUACUGUCAAAUAUGUCCAGAGAUCAGAGGGCUUGUUACCAGUCGUUACAAGAUAUCCGACAAGACAUCACUGAAGAAGUUAUUUUGAUGGAAGAACUUCUGUUGAGUUUAUUAAGUGCUCUGUGUGAUGUUGAACCAGUUUCUGAGUUUCAAAACUGGGAUACCAGACAUCUUGCUGAAGCAGUUAACAAGAUGGCAGAAUUGUUAAGAUUUCAGAGCUCCCUGCAGUCUCAGCUGGAGAGGAUGGUUUUGAUCAUGAAUCCUAGUCAAACAGAACCUCCCAAAAGUGUUAUCAACUCAACUUCUAUAGGUAUAGUUUGUCAACAGCCAGACUCUGGAGAAUUAGGCUGGAGAGUGGAGACAACCGACCAAUCAGAAUCAAUAGUACAUGUUCUGAACAAAGAAUCUGAAGAUGAUGUUUGUCAAAAGCCAGACCAGGGAGAAUUAGGCUGGAGUGUUGGGACAAUUGACCAACCAGAGUCAACAGAACAUGUUUUGAACAAAGAAUCUGAGUGUAUGUUCUUUAAACAGCCAAAUAUGGUAUACUUAGACAAAAGAAGUAAGAAAACCAGGCAACCUGAAUGCACUCUUGAUACAGAAGUUGGAAGUGCAUUUUCCCAACAGGCAGAGCCAACAGCAGCAGCUCAAGAAGAUCUGCUGGAGAACGUUCUCACUCGAACAGAAGUGGAACAAGAACAGUUAGUUAAAAAAGGUGCACCUGGUAGUGAUGUUACUGUACAGAAUGUGCACUUCAGUAUGGGAGGAAGUGAUUAUCAACCACAACAGUCCAACAGUAGUCUGAGUUCUGUUUAUGCUAAUGUGGUACUUGAACAACCUGGGGUAGAAAAUCUAUUCCAGGUAAAUAAAGAAGGCACUUCGGAUUGUAUUGUGAAUGUAACACAUGGACUUAAUGGUGAUGAACAACAUGAAUUUGAGCAAAACAGACAGAAGAUUGACUCAGAACAAAUCCAUCAAAGAAAAUGUAUCUGAUGAAUUCCAAUCAUCCAAGAAGAAUUUUGUAGAAUGAGCAAGAACAGGU